AUGUUUAAAAGUUGUACUACUAUUUUGGAGGAGAGUUUAAGGCAACUCCGCGAGUUCCUGAAGUUGGAUACCGAUCACAAGAAAUGCAAGGACUUCUACAAGGGAGUGAAAAUGCACGAGGAUCUCAAUAAAUUGAUGUCAAAACAGUUUUAUCUCCAAAUCUUUGAAAUUAAUGAAAAACAAAUGAAUGAAAAGAGAAUGGUCGGAGAG